GAUAUGAAAAAAAUGGACAUCUCUGUGAAGAUCCUUGACAAAGAUUACAGAAAAGCACAGGAAAAUCUCAUCGAAAUUGCCAGGAAAACCGCAGARCUCUUGGAUGAUGAAUCUACUGCUUUGGAUAGCCCAACAAAUAAGGAAGUACAUUUAAUUGAUGCAAAAGGAAGAUCAACACCACUGAUAUACGAAUCCUUAAAGCUAAGUUGGCCCGAGUUGUACCAGUUGUACCGUGCAAAUGGAGCUACUUUAAUACCUGGAAAUGACCGAAUAGUGAUUGAUGUAGAAGAUCCAGUUAAAGGUGUUACCCGUGCAAUAGCAGAUUCUAAUGAAAAUCCAAAUGUUGCAGAUAUAACAGGAAAGACACCUUUGAUAAAUGCUGCACARUAUCAUAUGGCAAGGAUUUCAAAGAAGCUAAUUGAAGCUGGUGCAGAUAUACAUCUCACCGAUGGUAAUGAUGAAACAGCACUGAUUUACGCUCUCCGAGGUGGAAAUAAGAAGAUUAGCCUUGCUUUGGUAAACGCUGGAGCAGAUAUCAAUUUUAGGGAUAAGUAUGAAAGAACRCCGCUGAUAUACGCUUUUCAAAACCACUGGCCUGUCAUCGCAGAAAAACUAAUGAAAGAUGGUGCAGAAAUCAACGUUGCCAAGGAUGAUAAAGCUGCUAUAGGAACAGCUCUCGUUUGGGCAGCCAAAAAAGGWCAUGAAAAAAUAACCCAAGCUUUGAUAAAAGCCAGGGUAGAUGUAAAUUUUAGAGACAAGGACCGGAGAACAGCACUAAUGUAUGCAGCAAGCAAUAACAACAACGKCAACAAAGAAACCAUUGCAAGAAUGUUGAUUGAUGCCGGUGCAGAUGUGAACGCAGUAGAUAGAGAGGGAAAAACGGCACUGAAUUGGGCUGCCAAAAAUGGGAGUGAAGAAAUCAUCCAAUCCUUGCUGGCUGCUGGUGCAGACAUUAAUGUCAAMGAUAAGUAUCAAAACACACCAUUUAUGACAGCUGUCCAAGAAGAGCAAGAAAGUAUURUGGGAAUACUAAAUGAUGUGUUGCAGAAGGGGAUCUGAUACCAAUUUCCAAGAAUAAAUAAAAGUCCCUGAGAUCGAUGGAGUGUCAAAUCUCGAUAAAAGUAAUAUUUGMAAACAGUUAAGUKUAAACAUUUAAUGACAUAAACAACGCUUCGUUGUCAUCUGGGCAGUACAUUCAKAUUCUUCAUCUUCAAGUCAAUUUAGUAAGCCUUGAAAAAUACGGCUAGUUCACAAGGUACGUAAAUGACACUUCUGUGAUUACAAAUAUCGUUGAAACAGYUGACUUUCUUGUUUCACUGAAUUUGUGACAUCCUUCAAUUUCAACACGGAACUGGCCAACGAGAAUGAGYUUUAAAAACWUCUUGGGAAUGAGCAUCAUGAUGAAAGGGUCCAAUCUGCUCACACGCGUCUUAUACUAACCGUACAAACACUGGUUUAUUUCUCCAUCAUCAAAAAAAUGCGCUACACAAGAGAUCACUUCUCGCUAACAUGUUCCACCGCGCACACCGACUCUCAUCAAAGGAUUUAUUCUUUGCACUGGAUGUGAGCUUCUUAAGCAGAUCCUUAUGACUCGAGUAAUGUAUAUUAUGCCAGUCACGUCAGCAAAGAUGAAUGAACUAAGCGCAUUCAUGUCAAAGAUCAAAAGUCAGCUGAUGUCCUUCGUAAACAACUUGCCGCUAAAAACAUAAACAUAUYGACAUUACUAUCGAACMUGUAUUCAGAAGUCUGAAAAUCAAUGAUGAACUCCUUUAUAUYCUGUCAUAAGUUAACASUGCGUUCUGUACCAUUUUGUGCAGGUAUACAGUCCGACUGUGCUAGAGCACGUGGGGUUUACUAUUCCACAUUUAUCACAUGCAUGUAUAUCGGCUGUCAAGCCUGUUCAUUGGUAAACAUCUUAAUGACAAUAAUAUAAAAAUUAGGUAAACCUAUUAUAGUGGAYCUUCAUAAGUAAACACAUCAAAGAAUCGUAUGUCA